GUAUUCGUUGCCAAGAUGCCUGCAAAUCAAGGGCAGCUCCCCUACUUCUUUCAUGAUGUAUCCUGCAUUGCUGUUUUAACAACCCUAUCUGACACGGAGCAGGAACAGCGUCUGAAAUGCGUGUUUUACAAAAAGGUAAAUGAUGUUAAAUUUGAAGACGCCAUGGACAUUGCUGGCUACGGCAAGUUCAGCAUGUACAUAAUAUUCCUGAGUGGUCUAUCAAUUGCAACAUCACUUCUAGGCUCAGUCGAUAUCUCUUUUCUGCUGCCAGCAGCAGAGUGUGAUCUUCAGCUUACGUCAGAGGACAAGGGACUUAUCGGUUCCGCUUACUUUAUUGGUACAAUAGCUUCAGCGCAUCUCUCUGGAUUUUUGGCGGAUACUAUGGGAAGAAGAUAUGUCAUCUUGUGGAGCCUAGCUCUCAAUGUGCCAACCUACGUUUUUGGCUCAUUAGCUCCAGAAUUCUGGACAUUUUUCAUUCUAAAGCUCAUCUCUGGAAUUUUGUCAUCCCCGACUUUAAUUGCUAGUAUCCCAUUUGUGGGAGAAUUUGUCCCCAUGAAGCAGAGGACCCAGGCCAUCCUAAUCUCCUCAUCUUUAAGUGCUUUCAGUCUAGUCUACUCUGCAAGUGUGGGCUGGGCUACUCUACAGGCAGAGUGGUCAUUGGACCUUUGGCUGCUCAAGUUCACCCCCUGGAGGCUAUUCUACCUCCUGUGCGGUCUACCCAGCCUCAUGGGUGCAGUUCUAUUUUGGAUUACCCCCGAGAGUCCCAAGUUCUUGCUCUCCAGAGGAAAGAAGGGCGACACUCUGAAAGUAAUGCAGAGUGUUCAUUCUAUAAACUCUGGAGCGAAUCCUCAGACAUAUCCGGUGCACUCAAUUUGUAUGGAUGCUGGGGAAGACAUGCCCACAUCCCCUGCUCGAAGGAAAGGAGUCACCGGUGUGGUCAAACAUGUUUGUGACCAGACACUCCCGUUGCUGAAACCACCCUAUCUCACCAUUAUGACAGUCAGUGUUUUAUCGACUUCAGUUACGUUUUUAUGUAUAAACACAGUUCUAUUAUGGCUACCUGAGGUGACCAAUCGCAUUGCCUACUUCAAGCAAGAACAUGAAGGUGAUUUCUACAUGUGUGAAAUGAUGUCUUACAAUUCCAGCGUGAUUUUGGAUAUUCAUCCUUCAGAGUGUCAUUCCACAAUCAACACUGCUGUGUUCCUCCCCAACCUCGUCAUUGCCCUCUUGAGACCAUUGGCUAUGGUUUUUGCCAGUAUCGUAUUAUCCUUUAUAGACAGGAAGCUUUUCUUAAUGCUGUGUUUUAUAAUUGGAGGCAUGAGCACAAUCCUGAUAGUUUGGAUCCCAGAUGCCACAAUCAUUGUUAUUCUCUUUGGGAGCCUGCCUCUCUUUACUGGUAUAUGUUACAACAUAAUUGCCAGUUUCAUGGUUGAAUUCUUCCCAACUUAUAUCAGAGCUAUGGCCGUAUCCCUGUGUUUAAUCUGUGGAAGGUUGGGUUCCAUCUUGGGGUCACAGCUCUUCAGUCACCUGAUAGAUUCACAUUGUCUGCUCCUGUUUUACCUGAUAGCUGGGAUGUUUUUGUGUUGUGCUCCUUUGUCGUUCUGCUUCAAUUUCAACUCAAAACCCGUCCAAAAUUCAAACAAUCAAGAUCUAGACCAAGGCAAAAUUGCAGUACCAGAAAGAAAAUUAGAAAUAGGUUGAAAUAAAUUAGUUUUUUAAUUUG